AUGGAAUGUGUGUGGAAUACGCCUCGUCGCAUCGCGAAUAUGCAAUCAGCGGCCCCGUUGAGUGACCAACGUUCACGGCCGCCACAAAGUGAAGCAUCAAAUAUUUGGAUGUCAUCAGACUGGGGCCUGAGUCAGCCCUUGUUUGGAUUGUUGCAGCAAUUCGAUUACGAUGAUUUGAUGGGAAGUGCAAACACCCAAGACUGGUCCCAGGCAAUCUCUGAUCCCAGCAGAGGCAUGUUGGUAGAUUCACUACAAGCUUCGCAGUUGGAAAGUCCCGGCCAGCAAAGCGCAGAUACCACUAGCUCCAACGAUCUUGGAACAGUCACUGAACUACCGCUUCCCUACAGUCGUGUCGAUGAUGAGACAUCUCACUUCCCAAACGACGAGCUCAUGGAAUUCUUUAUUCAAUCAGUGCGGCCACCCAUACUAGAAGACGUUGAAGCGCGCAAGAAGUGGCUGAUCAUUCGGCAUGCCAUCGUAGACAUGGCACGCAAGUCACCCAUGGUCAAAAGUGCCAUUUCAGCAUUUUCCAGUCUACUCAUUGCCAGGAAAUGCAACAACGAUAACCUAUGUGACCAAGCUCACUAUGACAAGGCGUCCGAGGAGGUUGCAGCGUUCGAUAGUGCAACAAUGGCAGAGUACAGUCCUGACCGGGAGCACGUUUUGGUGGUGCUAUUCUUCUUAUGCUACAUUGACAUACUGGGAGUGAAAAUGGAAACAGCUCAUCUCAAUCUAAAAAGAGCGUAUAACGUCUUUGUAAGAGGACAAAACACUAGUUUCUCAGCGACAGAGAGACAGCUCCUGCUUUGGAUCCGCCUCCUUGACGGACGGGCAGUGUCCGCUGGAGGCGAGGGCAUGUUUCUGGCCGACGAUAACGACGCGAUAUUGACAGAAAGCUCGCCGUCUCACAACGAGUAUACGAUCGCCAGCCCCGAUGGCCAACAGGCUAAUGACGACGAUAACGUUGAAGAUGUGCUAUUCCAAACAUUGUAUCAGCCAGGGCUAGUCUUUUACCAAAAAGUCCAGAGUUUCAGCGGCAGAAUAUCCAAGAUUGAUCCCUGGCAUAGGUCGAGAGGCACUGUCGAGGACGAGAUCGAAGUUGUCAAUAUCGGGGCAGCAAUUGCAUCCGGGCUGCGAACCUUGUAUAGUCAACGACCGGCUCUCAUGGACCUGGCCGUGGCAGGUAAACUUACAGAGCCACAUGUUUCUGCUGGCCUAGCAAGCUCGAUCACCAGGACGUUUAGAACAUAUCUGUCCAACUUUUACGCUUGCAGGGUACACCUCCAUCGCGUAGCAUACAAGACCUUGCCUCUCACGAAAGAAGCUGAAGACGCGCUGUAUCAAAUUCGGACCUUGGCGCAUCAGAUAGUCGGCGAUUUGGGCUUUGAGGAUAACCUCCCUGUUACCAUGCUCUGGCCGUUGCUCAUGCUUGGUGUGGAAGAGGCCGACGAGAAUGAGAGAGCUUGGAUUAGGGAACAAAUUUUGCGAAUGGAAAAUGUCGCUGGGAAUGCUCGCCUGACGACCAAGGUGUUGGCUGAGGUGCAAGCAAGACAGGACGCAGCGAAGACGCGGAUUGACAUUCGGUCUGUCAUGCAGUCGGUAUUCAACUCUUGUUUUGCGAUUGUCUAA